AAACCAACCCUUUUAUGACAUUAAAUGAUGACAAGCUAAUCACCGAAGGCGGGUUUACAUUUACGAUGACGGAGACGGGGAGAGACUAAGCGUCGAUCCACGACUGCCCGCCGACGUCAUCGACCUGUCACCGAUGUCAUUGCUCUUAAGCUCUUGAGCUCUUUGCGAAAGACUACUUUGCGACGCUGAACUUCACUGUGAAUAACUACAAUCACAAAAUUCAGAUUUACUUGGACACUCAUUGCACUUCUAGUAUUGUAAAUCUUACCUUGGCCGAAGAAUCAACUCACCCCAGACCGAAGCCAAAAUGUCAUCCUCAGCACCACCACAACCCCAAACAUCAGAAGCGUACAAGGCGCCCUCGAACCCAACAACACGCAACCCCGCCGAAAACGCAGCAGCACACGAUGCCUCCGACCGCGAGACUGCCGCGCGCGACGCAGCGCUAGGCCGCACACCCUUCCCGCAAUCCCAGUCCCGCUCCGUCGACGAGGCGACGCCGAGUUCGCUGGGCGCGGGCGUACACUCCUCCGGCCCCGCGGACGAGACGGAGCGGCGGAAUACCGCGUAUGUGUCUGAGGGCGGCAGCAGCAGAGAGCUGGAGAAUCCCAACGUCGAGGCUGAGCAGAUGGCGACGCUUGCGGAGGGCAAGGUUGCUGACGCGGUGGAGAGGAAGAGUGGUACGCAAAAGGUGCCGGGGCAGGAGAUUGUUAAUGAGGAGUUUGGGAGUGGGAUUGAGGAGAAGAAGAAGGAGCAGCAAGAAGCGAGAGAUGCGAUCAAGAAGGCAAGGAGCGAGGGAGUGGAUGUUGAUGGUGGUAUUGGGAGAUCGUGAAAGCUUAUGUGAUGCUACGAUGAAGAAAGCAUCACCUACUUGCCGUUUAGACAACUCGUCUUUUUCUUACAUGAUUGUUUAAAAACCAAAUUUGUCGCA